CACUCUCUCCUCCCUGCUUUUUCUCAGACCCUAACACCACACACACCCUUAUGCCUUGAUCUUCACCCGAGAGCCUAACACUCAGGGCUCAGCUGAGCUCUGCUGAUGGAUCCCAGAUCUACCUACUCCUCUUCCUGCCUGUCUGCUGGGAUUCCCACAUCUGUCCUACACAAACACCUUUGGAUCCUCUCUCCGAUCCCUCCCUGUUUUCAUCCCCAGUCCUGUCCCUUUUACCACCCAUCUGCACACUCUCUGUACCUUUCUCUGAGCCCUUAGACUCUUUCUGCCUCACUCUCUCUGUCUGUCUCUCUGUCUCUGUCACUGUCUCUGUCUCUGUCUGUUUCUCUGUCUUUCUCUGUCUCUGCUUUCCUCUGGCCUUUGCCUAGUUUGGGUUCUCUCUGGUUUUGUUUGCAGGGGGAGGAGCUGCAGUCUUUUUUCACUCUCUCGGGUUUUCUCCCUCCCUGGGCUGCUUUCAGUCUCUCUCUGCUUUCUUACCUUCCCCUGGGCUUUUUGGGGCUGGGUCUCAGUUGUUUGUGCAGCCUCACCCAUGUCUCUGUUAACUGGGGCCUUCCCCACUCUUUUACAGACCGUAACAUCACACAGACACACACACACACACACACACACACACACACACACACACACACACACACAUACACACACACACACCUAUGCCCUGAUCAUCAACCAUGAGCCUAACACACACAGCAGCUCAGCUCAGCUCAGCUCAGUGGAUUCUAAUCUAAGCCUCUGCCUGGGUCUUGCUGCUGGGAUUGCCCUGUCUGUCUUCAGUCCCUUUGCCUCUUUUGGAUCCCUCCCUCCAUCCCUCAUUCCCCAGUUUAUCCCCCCCCCCCUCCUUUCCCAUUUACCACUGGCUGGGCUGUCCCCUCUGUGCUAUUCUCCGGGGGGCCCUUUAACUCUUUGGACAUCUCUGUCUCUGGCUGUUUCUCCAUCUCUGUCUCUGUCUCUUUCUUUGCUUUUCUCAGGACCUCUGCUCUUUGAAGUUUUACAUUCUUGCCUUUUGGCUCUGGGCUCUGUGCUCUGGUUUCUGUGCUGUGGUCUCUGGGCUCUUGGAGGCUGGGCACAGAGUGGAGGGGACUGAGUGAGUGAGUGGGCUGCCUGGGAGUGGCAGACAGGAUGCAGGGAGUGGAGUAGGGUGGCAACAGGGUGUUGGUUCCGGAGGCUUAGCUAGAGGAGUGCUGGAUUAGGGCAGGCCAGUGGACCCCAGGCAGCUAGGGUUAGGAUGGCCUGGGUUAGAAUUAGCGCAGGGUUGCAGUUUAGCCAGCCUCUGGGCUUAACAGGCAGGGAUUUAGGGAGGCAAUGGGCUGCCACGCCCCAGCAGCCAUGCCACACCCCAGGCUGGAUUGGAUCUGCUGUGGGUUCAUGCACCAUGAAUUCCACAGCCUAGGUGAAAUUUUCCAAGUGGGAAAAGUCUGUCUGCUGACUGAACAUCGAAUUCUCCGAGGCUUUCCUGCUUCCUCUCAGCAUCCAAGGCCUCCGAGGUUCUCCUGUGUCCCUGAGUCCCUGGCUUUCUGAUUUCCAAGAUUGGGCAGAGUUCAGUCAAGGUUCCCUGCCUGGCUUUAAACCCUGCUUUGUCUGGGAUUUCUGGGUUCCCUGAGCUCCCUGGGUGCCCUGCCUCCUCUAUCCUCUCUGCCUCUUCUGGCUGCCCUGGCUGGCUUCCCCAGUCUCCCUCCUGGCUUCCCUGGCACCCCUUCUUCCCAGGCUCCCUGGGCUCCCUGGCUCCUCCUUGCCUUCCUUCGUGGUCUCUGGGUGCUGCUCUGCCUCCCCAGGCUUCUCCGCCUCCUCUGUCUGCCCUGGAUUGCCUCCCUGAUGUCCUUGCUUCCCGGGCCCCCUUCCUUCCCUGGCUGCUUGCCUUCCUCUGUGCUCCUGGCCUGGCUGCCAGCCUCCUUGCCUUCACCCAGGGGCAUCAGCACAGGCCACCCUCCCUCCUAGUCCUCACUGUCCACGUGGCCAUCCCAUUUUGGUGAUUCUCCCAUCCAGAGUUCUUUGGAGUACACCCUGCUGAUCCCCACUCGCUGAUGGCUCUCUGCCCUCUCAGCCCUAAUCCUUAAUCAGCCCCAUAUUCUUUUCCACUUUUUUAAAAUGAAAAUCCUGGGGGCUGGGUGUUUAACUCAGCGGCAUAAACACCUGCCUUGCAAGCAGGGGGUCCUGAAUUCGAUCCCCGGUACAGAUAAAAAUGAAAAAGACCAAGAAAAAAAAAUGAAAUGAAAACCCUGCCUCUGAAAUCCUGAGUCCACCCCAUAAUGCCAUCCUCCUCCUCAGCCAAUGAGCGAGCCAGGAAGUGAGUGAAGGGAAAGGGGACUUCCGGGACACCAGGGUGGUGCCACAGGAGGAGAUGAAAGGAUUAGGGGCCAGGUUGAUGGGAUCUGCAGCCAGCAUGGAGGGAUUAGCUGGGCUGCACGGGCGUGGCCAGAUCUUGGGCUCCUGGGCUCCAGGGUUUCCCAUGCAUUCUCCCUGACUGACCUCAAGCCUUAACAAGCUCAGGCACCAGACACCAUGCAGCAGGAGUUAACCAGCCCACACAGCCAGACCUCUGGCUGGCCCUCCAGAGCUCCCCUUCCCUGCUUUCUCUCUCCAUUCCCCUCCAGGUUCCCAGGACCCCUCUUGCUGGCCCAGCUCCUGGCUCCCAGCUCUCCCAGGAGCUCUGCCUGCUUGCCUGGCUACCUGCCUGACUUCAGGGACCCCAUGACAAUGCGGACCAAGAAGAGAUGGGGACAACAGCCAUCUGCCAUGCAUCGAGUGAGGUUCCUGGGACUUGGCACUCCCAGCUCCUGGAUCCUGGCUCACCAUGCAUCUCCUCCCUCCUGCCAGCCUGCCUGCCCUCCAGGACCCCGUGAUGAUGCGGGCCACGAUGAGUUGAGGCGGACAACAGCUGUCCACCAGACAGCCAGCAAGGUUCCUGGAACCCAGCUCUCUGGGCUCAGGGCUCUGGCCCCCCCAGCUGCAGCCUCCCAGCUCCAAGCUGCCGGCUCUGCUGGAAGCUCCUACCUGCCUGCCUGCCUGACUGCCUGCUGGCCUUCCUGCCUUCCAGGACCCCACGACGAUGAGCAAGAGGAGAUGAGGGGGACCACAGCCAUCCAGCACACACCACAGCACAGCCAGAUGACCACCUGGGCUGGCUGUUGGUGUAGACCAUGAGCAUCUAUAGGCUCAGAUCCCAGAGCAUAUACUUUGUGCAGGGAAGGUUUCCCACGUGGCACUGCGGCUUAGGUCGGAGACUGGAGGCCACUGGGU